AAUUCCAACUCACUGAAAAAAACGGUCUUUAAGUCCGGUCUCUUGAUUCUUGCAGCUUGUGAAGUGUGUGGAGACAGAUGUACUGGAAAGCAUUAUGGAGUGUACUCAUGCGAUGGGUGCAGUGGAUUCUACAAGAGGACGUGUCGACGAGCUGAGCCUUGGCUGUGUAAGGGCCAGGGGCAGUGCCCUGUGGACAAGAGUAGCAGGAAUGACUGCAAGGCCUGUAGACUGAAGAAAUGUAUCGAGAUUGGAAUGAACCUGGAAGGUUUGCUCUUUAUUUUGUUGGUACAUUAGGGCGAUGAAAUAGAUUCUAGGCUAGCGAGCUGAGUCGGAGUUCUAGAUAGAGAUGUACAGCUAUUUAGCCUGCGAACGGCAGACGUUUCUCCUCGCUCAUCGCCCUCAGCGGCGAUGAGCGAGGAGAAACGUCUGCCGUUCGCAGGCUAUCAGCUAUUUCGAUCCCUUUAUAGUCUCUCUUUCCUGUUACUGACUAACAUUUAGAGAGACUUAAGGGAUAAGAUUAACGUCACAGGUUGUUCAAAAUCAAAUUUGUAGUCCUCCGCAGGAUUAGCUCGGUCAGUAGAGCGUUUGACUGCAGAGCGGAAGGUCGCAGGUUCGAUUCCAGCGGGACCAAUACUCAGGGUCUUAAAAUAACUGAAAAACCAAUAAAGGCCCUGCCUUUGUUCUGGAAACGGCUGCACCUUGUUCGCAUGGCUCGGAUGACUACGUAAAAUAGCGAUCCCGCCUCCAGAAGGAGACGUAAAAUAGUAUCCUCAGUUAGUACUUUCGUACUAAAUACAUUGACGCUCAAGUAAACUACUUUUUUCCAAUCUUAAGGUCCCCAGUAAUACAUUUAUCGACUGCUGGGGAAAAUAUUAAAAGUAAAAGCGAUGUCAAUAAUUGUCAAAAGUAAUUAAGUUUUGGCCUUGACAAGUUUACUCCAGCGAGAAAUAAUAUUAUGGCCAGAACAGAACACAGAUUUCCGGUGACAAACUUUUAGCCGAGAAUUUUCUGUGAUAGCUCUAGUUUAAACGGUCAAGUCUUAAGGACCUUCAAGGUUUCAGAUGGCUUCUAAAAGGCUACAGGGUAGGGAAAACAGAACCCUAGGAAAGUACUGUUCUCCAGCUUUAAUUUCAUUUCAAUGAUCACAAAGAUUCAUCUAGCAUCUGCAAGUUACAAUAGCAUUUCAUGAUUUCAAACAGGGAAAGCGAGUUAAUAACUCCGGCUGUCUGGAUGGGUGCACAUUUUAGUUUCGGAAGAAACAAAAGCCGGUGGGGUCCUCUCAACUUCAAACAACUUGCGACUUGUCGGCAGUUAUUGCACUCUACAGUGCAUUGGAUGUUUAUCUCAUGGACCGAAAACAUUUGAUAAUAUACUGCCAGCACUUAUCAAGUUACACCGUGCUUUUUGUUCGGUAUUCAUUACAUAAUUUCGCGUUCUUAAUUAUCUUAUCAAAUUGCAAGAUGCUGAAGAAUUCUCUGGUUUAGUAAAUGACAGAUGUUAAGGACAAAAAAGUAAUGGUGUUGGAAAUUUUGUUCACGACUGGAACUUUAUUGACGAAGUUUGCAGCUUUUUGGUAAAAAUCAUUCUUAAUCUUAAUAUCAAGACAAAUGAAACGAUGUCAUAUACUGUAAUUCACCUAAUCUGCGUUACGUAAUUCACACUGAUAUAAGUAGUUUUCCAAGAGCAGCUUAUUCUAAUGUUUUAAUUGUAAUAUAGAGAAAUGAACUCGCUUAAUAGGUGGUACAAUUGCUCUUAACACUUUAGCUUGGUUAAAGAAACUUGCCGCCCGCUCUCUUCGGCUGUUCACAGCUUUUGCCUUGUUUAUGGAAAACAAACUGAAUAAUUGCGGCUUGUAAGUAACUUGAGCUCGCUACUUAGAUUUUUAUGUAGCGCACCUUUACAAUUAUACAGGAAAAAUAAACUGAUGGCCUUUUUUUUGUCAUUGAUAAAUUUCAACUUCUCCGUGUAAAUGUUGCAGACAUUUCUAAUUUGGAACGUAAGGAACUCACUAAAGGAUAUGUUGUGAUGUCAAAUCCGUGAUUGACGUACAAUCUUUCCAUACUUGUUACCAAGCUUAAAUGACUUAGUCGAUGAGAGGCCCAGGGGGGGGGGGACUCCGCAUAUUAAAGAGGUGGGGAUGCUCGUCGUCUCGCUUAGGGGUGUAAAUUUCGGAUUUUGGUCUCACUUAGGGUGUUCUGGGCAAAACGCCAUCAUAUUUAGCCGUGAAGGUAUCGUUUAGGGUUGCAUGCGAAAAAAUAUAAAAAUAUAUAUUUGAUAUGUAUAUUUUUAAUUCGUUUUAUUUACUCCAUUCAUAUAAUCCAAGUCUUCUACAACAUCAAUACUUAAAGAAGACGUCUUUGUCCAUUGUUUUCAUUUGUCUGUGUUUUAACAUGGUCUCUUUUAGGGGUCAAAAAAAGCUUGGGCCACGCCCAGAUCGGUCUCCUUUAGGGGUUUAAUUCAAAAUUUCCGACGAGCAUCCCCACCCCUUUCAUAUGCAGAGUCCCCCCCCGGGUGAGAGGAUAGGCUGAGUUGGGAUAAAAAGGUUCUGCGUUUAUCUUUUUAGGCGUCUACCGUCGUUUCAGAUUCAACGAAGAACUUGUUAAGUCCCCUCCAGCGGAAAGUUUAGCGGACGUCACGCAAGGCGAGAUGCGAGUGGACGUCACCCCUCCGCUCGAAUCACAGGGUAGGUUUUUCGAAAGUACCAGUAAUUAUCGAGAUCUGUUUCAUUUGCCCGUAUUUUUAUUGGAGAUCAACGGUUCUAAUAAUUUACAAAGUAAUACAGGACGAUAAAACUGUUCUUGUAGGUUUUGAUUUUAACAGAAAAUCCGCCAUUGCUUCAGUCUGGAAAAGUUGGCGGGACUUUUGACAAACUGUGUUUAUCAACUGACAUUUUCCCGUGUCUUAUUAUUACUGCUGGUUUAGGUUAUCCUGGUGCGACUCCACAGAUAAGAAUUGUUCAUACAAAAUCAGUCAUGGUCAAAACGGAAGAGCAACAACAUUAUGACAAACAAUACGAACAAAAACAACAACAGCAGCAGCAGCCGCUUCAACAGAUCGAAACACCUGAAACGGAAAAUAACCAGAGAAGACCAUCAAGCCCGAGGUACUUCGAGGAUAGCCAAGGGGAGGAAUUUGUUGCCUCACGCGCCAAUUCGAUGUCAGCCGCUAAAGAUUACUUCAGCUCCACCCGCUCAGUUGCAUUCUCCACUCCUCUCACAUCAAUGACAGCCUCUUCUAUGCCAGGACCUGUGCGAGUAACCUUGGUAUCGCAAGAUAACAAUUCAAACUCUAUACACGGUGCAGUUCCAUCUCAAUCUCGCCACACUAUAGCAGCACCUCUAUCAACGCAAAGGUUUCACCCGCCUUCGACUUUUCCGUCCAUUCAGCAGAAUGGCCACACAAGUCCCCCGACGCCCGCUCUCGGGUUUUCUACUUCGGAUCCUGUGACAAACGACCACCGCGGGGCCUCCACGGCAUUAGUAUCCUUUAGGAACGCGCAGAGGCACUUUCAGCCCUCUCAGAUGAGUAUGUCCGAGCUCCAUCAAGCAGUGGAACCACUUUCAUUCCACUCCUCUGAGCCCCUCCAUGAUGCGGCCUGUCGUCUCCUAACGGUUUCCCUAAGGUUCGGCCGUAGACUACCGUGCUUCAGACGGCUGCCCUUUCGCGAUCAAGUCAUUCUUUUGGAAGAAAGCUGGCGGGAGAUGUUACUCUUGGAUUCAGUGUUCUGGGCGUUGUCACUUUCUUCAGGGGCCAGCACUGAUAGUGAUCCAAGAGAGCAGGAGAUUAAGACAGCUCGAGAAGCUUUGCUACCAUUAAGAACGCUUAAAUUGGACAGUUCAGAGUACGCAUGCCUCAAGGCUGUCAUUCUCUUCAGGACAAGUAAG